AUGUACAGCUCACGUAGCUACGCUGCAAGCAGCAGCAACAACAUUUCGCAGCAGCAAACGGCUUUCCUGAAGCAAGCAGCAGCAGAGAAGGAGGUACCGGGGGUGGCAGCCUCCAGCAGACGACGCAAAGAUAAGAGACCAGGUGGCUGUCUAUGCCUGCAGCAGCAGCAGCAGCAGCAGCAGCAGCAGCAGCGGCAGCAGCAGCAGCAGCAGCAGCAGCAGCAGCAGCAGCAGCAGCAGCAGCAGCAGCAGCAGCAGCAGACAGAGCAGCAGCAGCAGCAGCAGCAGCAGCAGCAGCAGCAGCAGCAGCAGCAGCAGCAGCAGCAGCAGCAGCAGCGACACUAUCAUUCAACUCCGUAG